AUGUCCUUUGAAGAGAAGAGUCAGGACAAGGUCCUGCUGAGGAUGGGAGCAGCUCUCCUCAGAUGCCCAGUGUCAUUCCUGGAGGCUAUCCCGAUGGGUUCCAGCGCCCUCUACCUGGUCUGGAAGAGACCCUCCGAGCCCAACGGAAAUCUCACCGGAUAUCGCAUUUACUUCAGAGAAGUGGACGGGACUUCCCUAGGGACUGUCCUGGAGCGGCAACCUGCCAUAAGGGACCCCAGAGAGACCAGGGCCAAGCUGGCGGGACUGAGGCCGGACACCAAGUACCGAGUGAGCAUCCAGGCAACCACCAAGGUCGGACAAGGUGACCCCUACUACGUGGAGGUCAGGACCAACGAGCAGUCUGCCAACGUACCUGACAUUCCGACCUUCAAGGUGAGCCACCUCCCUGGGGAGCAUGGUCAGGCAGGAGUCCUGGUCACCUGGAUGCCAGCUGUGGAAGGACACCCAGGCAGCUACUUCUACGCACAGUUCAGGAGGAGAGGCGAGGGCCACUGGGACCGCACCGCCCUGGAGGAGAAUGAGGACUCGGUGGCGGUGAGGGGCCUGGAGCUGGGGACCGUCUACGAGAUGCGGGUGGUGGCGGUGGACGGACACUACGAGACGCCCAGCAGCAUCCAGGAGAUCGAGACCGGAGGACUGGUGCUCGCGGCGCCCGAGGGCCCGGAGAACAUCGCCACCGCGGCCUGGUUCAUCGGCAUGCUGUGCGCGGUGGCCCUGCUGCUGCUGCUGCUCAUCCUGGUCUGCCUGGUCAAGAGGAACCGGGGCGGCAAGUACUCGGUCCACGAGAAGGAGGCCGCCCAGGGCAGGGACCAGGACUACGCGGACGACGGGGGAUUCCACGAGUACACCAAGCCGGUGGAGACACACGCCGGGGGCGGCAGCCGCCUGAGCCUGACGAGCAGCUACAAGGGCGCCCAGGAGAGCGACACCGACAGCAUGGCCGACUAUGGAGAGGGGGAGGUGGGCGGCAAGUUCGGGGAGGACGGCUCCUUCAUCGGGCAGUACGCGGAGAAGAGGAGGAGGGAGGAGGAGCAGCGGGCCUCCCAGCCCUCGGCCCUCGCCACCUUCGUCUGAGACGGACUCUCGCUCAUCGUCUUCACUUCACCCAAUCACGUGUCUGUUUCCACGGGCCGGUCGCUUCUCCGGACAGGUGAUC